AUGCUGACGCAGCCCCGGGGGCCGGUAGUACAGAGGUUGCGGGUUCGAGCCCGCGAAAAGGAAAAAAUUAAAAAACGGCUAGACGCCGUACCAAGUCGUGACAAUGCCGCUGAACAAGGGGCCCUCACCGUCACAGACACCAGGGACUAUGGCGAGCCAAUGGAUAUCGACGCCGCUGCAGUCGCGGCAACCUUUGCCUCCACAUCGGGAGGAAGGAAGUGGGAACUAGGAGCAGUUCUCAAUGAGGCCGACCGGAAGCUCCACAGGAACGGGAACCUGUGCUUCUACUGCCACAUCAAGGGCCACAGCGCCAAGGAUUGCCGCAAGAAAGCGGCCGCACGACAAGGGGGUGGGAGGCCAAACCAGGGAAGAUCUGGGAAGGACGACUUCCACGCCAGAAUCAAGGCACUCUUCGCGGACGAGAAGCGGGAGCUGUAUGAAGAACUUACGAUGGAGGAUUUUUGA